UAUGAAUAGAGAAUGAAAGGAAUCUCACGUGCAAGGAAAGUUGAAGUAUGGGAAAUAUGGAAUUAAAUUAAAUGUGCUAGAUGUUGCUUUAAUAUGUGAUAUGCGUUUGAAAAUGAUUUCUUAUUGACUAGUUUGUAAAAGAGUCCAAAAGAUUUUGAAAAAUUUUCAACAAUAAUCGAAGGUUAAUUUUGACGAAAAUUGUGAAUUUGUAAAAAAGCAUUAAUUAAAGCAUAAAGCAUGAGUCAAACAAAUAGUGAAAACGUUUUUAACAAAGAAGAUGUUGAGGCAUUCAUAAAGGAACGAGCAAAUACAUUGGAAGAUGAAAAAAAGAAGUUAUUUUGUAAAAAAUUGGAAGAAAUUCGAGAAUCCCGCCGUAAAAAGGCUGCAGAGCCUCAAAAAAAAUAUAAGAAUUCAUUGUGGUCAGAUACAAGCGAAGUUUUUGGAUCAAAAAAAGUAAUUUAUAUCGGUGAAGAUCCCAACAAAUCAGCUGGUGAGGAUAUUGUAGUCCAUAGAUACGUCCAUUGCGAACAUAGUUACAUUCAAGUUCCAAAUAAUGUGAUUGAAAUUGAAGGAGAACAUGACGAAAUUAUUAAGAAGUUAAUAAAGGAAGGACGUAAAAAAUUCCCAAACAAAAUUGGCUAUGAUUUGCUCGUAAAGCAAAUUUGUAAACAUUACGAUCUCACUGAUAAAUAUGUCCGAAAAGUUCUGAAUGAGCCAGUUGAAAGUUCUUCUGUAGUUCGCAAAACAUCAGAAGUUGUCGAUGCCUGUUCACCAACAUGCUACAAGAUUCUUAAAGGAGAGAAAAAUGGCGCAUCAUGUCUAUCAGUUAGUGAUGAGACGGAAAUAAAACUUCAAUUAUUGUCCCUUGAUGGAGAUUAUUGCAGCAUAGCAAAGCAAUUGGAAAAGUCAUGUAAUGAUAUCUUUAAUAUAUCCAAACAAGUUGCAUCAACGUCAACUUUUAAUCCAUAUCAAAAACCAAAGAAGGUCAAGAUGCAUCAAGCAAACCUAUUUGCAUAUAAUCAUUACAACAAGAGAAAUGAACAGUAUGAAGGACUUGCUGCUAUGUAUAAGCCAUGUAAUCACGAAGGAAAAUGUGAUGACUCAUGUCCAUGCUUCAAAGGAAAGAACUAUUGUGAAGUAUUUUGUAGCUGUAAUGAUAAAUGCAAGAAUAAGUUUAUUGGAUGCUUUUGUAAAGGAAAAUGCGAUGCAAAGUUUUGUCGAUGCUACGCAGCGGUUAGAGAAUGUAUUGUUGGACAAUGUGGAUGCAAAUCAAAUAUAACCAAUGAAGGAACCUGUAAUAACAUGAAAAUCCAAUCUAAAAUACACAAAAAGAUUGAUAUUAAACUAUCAACAGUUGCUGGUUUUGGUGCUUUUGCAGGCGAAGAUAUCAGUAAAGGAGAUUUUGUCGUUGAAUAUACUGGAGAAUUGAUUACUCAACAGGAAGCUGAUAAGAGAGGAAAAAUGUACGAUAAAUGUAAAAUGAGCUAUUUAUUUGAUUUAUCCAGUGAUUAUGCUGUGGACGGAAUGUUUAUUGGAAAUGAAAGUCGAUUUAUAAAUCAUUCAGAAUCAGCACCAAAUUGUUUGGUAAAGACAAUGACUGUUUUAGGUGAUAAGCGUAUUGCACUGUUUGCUACUCGCAACAUUAAACAAGGUGAAGAAUUAUUCUUCGACUAUCGCUACAACAAGGAACAUAAGCAGAUUUAUUUCAAGAACGAAUAAUAUUUAAAUUAUUGGCUCUACUUUAAUGUUGAGAAGCUUAAAUUCUAAAAUACUUUAUAAAAAAAACUUUUUAAAAAAACUACUUUUUUCGCGUGGACUAAAAAGGAGAAAAUAACUUUUCUUCUUAGUUGCAAAGAAUUUGGUAUUAAAUUUUCAGAUUAUAUUUGAUAAAUUUUUAUAUCCUAGUCAAUAUCGUUCACAAAAUUUCGAAUGAGUUCACCUGGAUCUUAUCGUAUAACUCAACAACAAAAAACGUGGGCGCAUUAAGUUAAGUUUAUCAUAGAGUAGUGAUUUCAAAUGAACAU